CCGAUCUGGAUCCACCAGCCCUUUCUGCACCAUUUCACUCCACUCAGUCUGAAAACAGUCAAGUGUUUCUGCCAUGCCCAUUUGGAAAAGAAAGUUGCGUAGAAAGUCGUCAACAACCACGGCCUUAGGCUGCUGUGUGAUGGAGGUUUCUCUGGCCUUGGGAGCAGCAGCAGCAGCGGCCUCUGCCCGGUCUUGGAUAGCUCUCACCGUUGCCUCCAAAUCUUCUUCCCCUUCUGUCAAACGCCAGUCAUCUUCUAGAGGGACUACUUCAUACUGAAAGUCAUCGUCACUUUCAGCCGGAACACCCUCGUCCUUGUCUUUAUUGUUAUUUGUUGCGCUCAUUGUUGCGUUUAGCACACCCAGCGACAGAAAGUUUGAUGUUGCUAUGGUGACGACUCGGCCGUUCAACGCGAGAUUUCACUAGUUCACGUUUGCCCCAGUGUCACCCGUCACCAAACAAUCAUGGCGGACUACCGAGAGGCGCCCUUGGCCACACGGCCAAAAACACUGGACCCAAAUGAGUAUUUCAACCUCUCGCCGGAGCAGCGACGUGCCGAACAAGACAGGGCAGCACUACGAGCGGACCUAAAGAGGCAGUAUCAGACGCAACUCAAUAACCCGCACAGAAAAGAGCUCAUUGAAGACCCUGCCCUGACACGCUGGGUGCAUGCACGCACCAACCCUUACUCAUACUUUAGGCCCACAUUCAAGACAUCUCUGUUGGGUGCGAUGUUUGGAGUCGCGCCUCUCUUCGGCCUCUACUUCCUCUUCAAGACAGACAGGGACAGGAAGGAGGCGCAGAUUAAAGCUGGAACCCUCGAGCGCAAGUUCAGUUUGUCAUCAUGAGCUCUGAUGUGUAAAGACCUCCUUUAUCUUCCAGUGAUGCCAGUGCGUGUAGUUAUUAUUAUACAAAUAAAAUCAUAUUGUCAAAAACA